GGCGGUGCAUUGGGCGCUGCCGCCGCUGCUGCUGCUGCUGCGGACCCCCGGCCGCCACCCGGGGCCCCGCUGCCACCGGGGCCCCGGAUGCCGUCUGCACUCCAGUCAACCCUGCCGGAGAGUGUGCCCCAGCCUGGACGCCGCCCCCGGCCUGGUCUCCACUUCUCCGCCGCACCUCCCAUGACAGCUCCCGCACGAAGAUGGCUGCGAAGGGCGCACACGGCUCCCACCUGAAGAUGGAGAGCGAGAUGGAGCGCUGCCGCGCCGAGGGCCACUGGGACCGCAUGUUCGAGCUGGUUCGGCAUCUGCAGACGCUGGGCAUUUCCGGCGGCGGCAGUAGCAACCGGCGAAGCAGCCCGAGCGGCAGGUUCAUUUCUCUGGACACCGAUGACUUCGGGAAAUUGCUGCGAGCAGAGGCCCUCCUGGAGCAGUGUUUGAAGGAUAACCAUGACAAAAUAAAAGACUCUAUCCCUUUGCUGGAGAAGAAUGAGCACAGGCUGACCGAAGCCAAAGAUCACCUGAGUAGCGUCCUGAACAAUGGGAAGCUGCCGCCACAGUACAUGUGUGAGGCCAUGCUGAUCCUGGGCAAGCUGCAUUAUGUGGAGGGCUCAUACCGGGACGCCAUCAGCAUGUAUGCACGGGCUGGGAUUGAUGACAUACCCAUGGAGAACAAGCCCCUGUAUCAGAUGCGGCUGCUGGCAGAGGCGUUUGUCAUCAAAGGCCUCUCCCUGGAACGCCUGCCCAACUCCAUUGCCUCCCACAUCCGCCUGACUGAGCGGGAGGAGGAAGUGGUUGCCUGUUUUGAGAGGGCCUCCUGGGUGGCUCAGGUAUUCCUGCAAGAGCUGGAGAAGGCCUCAAACAACAGCACAUGGAGGCACCUCAAAGGCAGUCCCUCAGUUGACUAUGAACUCAGUUAUUUCUUGGAAGCUGCCCUCCAGAGUGCAUAUGUGAAGAACCUGAAGAAAGGGAACAUUGUGAAAGGCAUGAGAGAGCUCCGGGAGAUUCUAAGGACUGUGGAGACCAAAGCAACGCAGAACUUCAAAGUGAUGGCGGCCAAGCACCUGGCAGGGGUUCUGCUGCAUUCCCUGAGUGAGGAAUGUUACUGGAGCCCCUUGUCCCACCCGCUGCCUGAGUUCAUGAGCAAGGAGGAGAACUCUUUCGUCACCCAGACCCUUCGGAAACCUCACCUCUACGAAGGAGACAACCUCUACUGCCCAAAAGACAACAUAGAGGAGGCGCUUCUGCUGCUGCUCAUCAGUGAGUCCAUGGCAACUAGGGAUGUGGUGCUGAGUCGGGCCCCAGAGCAGGAGGAGGACCGGAAAGUGAGCUUGCAGAAUGCUUCAGCCAUCUAUGACCUCCUGAGCAUCACACUGGGCAGGCGGGGCCAGUAUGUCAUGCUUUCCGAGUGCCUAGAACGAGCCAUGAAGUAUGCAUUUGGAGAAUUCCACCUUUGGUACCAAGUGGCCCUCUCCAUGGUAGCUUGUGGGAAGUCAGCCUACGCUGUGUCGCUGCUUCGUGAGUGCAUGAAGUUGCAGCCCUCGGACCCCACUGUGCCCCUGAUGGCUGCCAAGGUCUGCAUUGGGUCCUUGCACUGGCUGGAAGAGGCAGAACACUUUGCCACGGUGGUGAUCAGCCUUGGGGAGGAAGCAGGGGAGUUCCUGCCUAAAGGCUACCUGGCCCUGGGUCUCACCUACAGCCUGCAGGCCACUGACGCCACCCUGAAAUACAAGCAAGAUGAAUUGCACCGCAAGGCACUGCAGACGCUUGAGCGAGCCCAAGAGCUGGCACCUGAUGACCCCCAGAUUAUCCUCUAUGUCUCUCUGCAGCUUGCCCUCGUCCGACAGAUCUCCAGCGCCAUGGAGCAUCUUCAGGAGGCCCUGAAGGUGUGCAGGGACGAUGCCAAUGUCCUACACUUGCUAGCACUGCUUUUCUCGGCCCAGAAGCAUAACCAGCAUGCCUUGGAUGUCAUCAAUAUGGCCAUCGCCGAAUACCCUGAGAAUUUCAACCUGAUGUUCACCAAGGUGAAACUGGAGCAGGUGCUGAAGGGUCCGGAGGAAGCCCUCGUGACCUGCAGGCAAAUGCUGAGACUGUGGCAGACCCUCUACAACUUCUCUCAGCUGGGAGGCCUGGAAAGGGAUGGUAGCUUUGAAGGCCUCGCAGUGAAGAAACAGAACGGCAUUCACCUGACCCUGCCAGAUGCCCAUGAUGCAGACUCUGGCUCUCGGCGGGCGUCAUCUAUUGCUGCCUCAAGGCUGGAGGAGGCCAUGUCGGAGCUGACCAUAACGACCUCAGUCCUAAAGCAGGGCCCCAUGCAGCUGUGGACCACGCUGGAACAGAUCUGGCUCCAGGCUGCUGAGCUGUUCAUGGAACAGAGACACCUCAAGGAAGCAGGCUUCUGCAUCCAGGAGGCUGCUGGUCUCUUCCCCACCUCUCACUCGGUGCUCUACAUGCGAGGCCGGCUGGCUGAGGUGAAGGGCAACUUAGAAGAGGCUAAGCAGCUGUACAAGGAGGCGCUCACCGUGAACCCGGAUGGCGUGUGCAUCAUGUACAGCUUGGGUCUGAUGCUGAGUCAAUUGGGCCACAAGAGCCUGGCCCAGAAGGUGCUGCGGGAUGCUGUGGAGAGACAGAGCACCUGCCAUGAAGCAUGGCAGGGCCUGGGUGAGGUGCUGCAGGACCAAGGCCAGAACGAGGCUGCCGUUGACUGCUUUCUCACUGCCCUGGAGCUGGAGUCCAGCAGCCCUGUGCUCCCCUUCUCCAUCAUCCCCAGAGAGCUGUGAGCCUCCGUGCACACAGCAGGCAUAGGCAGGAGGCGGGGG